AUGGACAAAAACGAUGACAACGAGGAUGUAUGUGUCCCAUACCCAGGAGGUCUUUCAUACGCUGUUGUCUAUGGUAUGAUGUCUUAUAACCUUGAAUACAUGAAUUACUCUACCGAAGUCUCAAUCGACCAAUAUCUCGCCGAUUCAUACGCAUAUGGAAACAAAACUUACGAGCAGGCUAAGGCUUUGAACCCAACCUACGGCUACACUUCAAAAGUUUACUUCCAACAGUGCUUGACAGUCAGUUUCUUACAGCGCAGUACAAAUGGCGAAAUCAAGACAUUACGCAGAGUUAACUCUACAAGGUGGGCUGGCCUUAAACUCGAUUGGCCAAUUGGUGCUGCAAUUUAUCUGCUUCUGUAUAUAGAGGCAUGCCAGUUCAUUUCAUAA